CCGGUCCACCUGUGCGGGCGGGUGCGCCGGCCCCUCCACCCACACGUCCAUUGGGCGGUGCCACCAUCACUCUCCCUUCAGCAACACCGCCUUCUCCGCGGCCAAGCCCGAUCCCCUCCCCCGCCACUCUCCGCCCCGCCCCGUCCUGGGAGCCUUUCAUUGGACGGAGGCGCGGUCGAUCCGCCUCGAGUGAGGGAGACGAUUGGGCGCGAGGCCUUCGGGCCGCCCUCAGCCUAUUUGGAUUGGCUUGCUGAGCAUUGGCGCAACGGAAGAGGCGGACGGCGGAGGGUGCGCUUCUGCUUGGGCUGGACUGCCGCGGAGGAGGCGACAAGGGGUCCGGCGCUGGGGGGCUGGCUCGGGCGGCAGCAGUGGCUGCUGCGGAUGGGAGCGGGCCGGCUCGGCGUGCCCAUGGAACGCCACGGAAGAGCGGCCGACACCUCCGCCUCGUCGGCGGGGGAGCCGGCGCCCGAAGGGCCUGAUGGGCGGCGGCGGGAGCUGCUGCGGCGUCGGGCGAGCAGCGCGUCGGAGCCCCCUAUCGGGGCCUCGGCCUCGGCUUCGGCGGAGGGCGUUAGACGAAGCCGGCCCGGCUCCUACAGCGGCGCCCCCUCGGUCUCCCGCCAGCGCGUCGAAAGCCUUAGGAAGAAGCGGCAGCUUUUUCCGUGGUUUGGCUUGGAUAUUGGUGGAACCCUGGUCAAGCUGGUUUAUUUUGAACCCAAAGACAUCACUGCUGAAGAAGAAGAGGAAGAGGUGGAAAGUCUUAAAAGCAUUCGGAAGUACCUGACGUCCAACGUGGCUUAUGGGUCCACAGGUAUUCGGGACGUGCACCUGGAGCUGAAGGACCUGACUUUGUGUGGACGCAAGGGCAAUCUGCACUUUAUACGCUUUCCCACUCAUGACAUGCCUGCGUUCAUUCAGAUGGGCAGAGAUAAAAACUUCUCGAGUCUCCACACUGUCUUUUGUGCCACUGGAGGUGGAGCGUAUAAAUUUGAGCAGGAUUUUCUCACAAUAGGUGACCUUCAGCUCUGCAAACUUGAUGAACUAGAUUGUUUAGUAAAAGGAAUUUUAUACAUUGACUCAGUUGGAUUCAAUGGACGGUCACAGUGCUAUUACUUUGAAAAUCCUGCUGAUGCUGAAAAAUGUCAGAAGUUACCGUUUGAUUUGAAAAAUCCAUACCCUCUGCUUCUGGUGAACAUUGGCUCUGGCGUUAGCAUUUUAGCAGUGUAUUCCAAAGAUAAUUACAAGCGGGUCACAGGUACCAGUCUUGGAGGAGGAACUUUUUUUGGUCUCUGCUGUCUUCUUACUGGCUGUACCACUUUUGAAGAAGCUCUUGAAAUGGCAUCUCGUGGAGAUAGCACCAAAGUGGAUAAACUAGUUCGAGACAUUUAUGGAGGGGACUAUGAGAGGUUUGGACUGCCGGGCUGGGCUGUGGCAUCAAGCUUUGGGAACAUGAUGAGCAAGGAGAAGCGAGAGGCGGUCAGUAAAGAGGACCUGGCCAGAGCCACACUCAUCACCAUCACCAACAACAUCGGCUCGAUAGCAAGAAUGUGUGCCCUUAAUGAAAACAUUAACCAGGUGGUAUUUGUUGGAAAUUUCUUGAGAAUUAAUACGAUCGCCAUGCGACUUUUGGCAUAUGCUUUGGAUUAUUGGUCCAAGGGGCAGUUGAAAGCACUUUUUUCGGAACACGAGGGUUAUUUUGGAGCCGUUGGAGCACUCCUUGAGCUGUUGAAGAUCCCCUGAUCGUUACCUGGGGAGGGGUUCCUGGAACAUUCCACAAUGGGAUCUGUGAACUUUUGUUUUUUAAGAGACUUAUUCAAUUUUUUGAUUGUGUACUGCCCGAAUCAAAGCAAGAAAGGACAAGUGUAUUUUUCUAAGUCCUCAAGAGAAAUCCUUAAAAAUUCAGCGUAAACUAGUAACCAGUAAGGAAAAGUGGACCAUGUCCAUGGCGGUGAGGGUCUGCUGUGUUGCAGUUGCUCUCAGUAUAGCUUUGUUAACACCUGCCAUGUAUUUUUGAAAUUCAGUGUCACUUGCUGGAGCCACUUCAGGGGAGAGCUGUUCUGUGUUCAGCUGACUGGUUUUCUGUCCUGUUGAACUUGCUAGAUGUAAGGCAAGCACUGUAUGUUGUAAUCUAAUACCAGUGUUGUCAGUAUGGCCUUGGAGAUCAUCUGUGCAUUAACUUUGGUGUGCGUUUAGCCUUUUGUGUGAACAUACUGAAAAACAUGUUUUAUUUCAAGGAUCUGCAAA